UCAAAGCUCAGUGGGGCUAGUUGUAAUAUUUAUGGUUGUUGGUGUUCUUUCUGCUCUGAGAGAGAAUGCACAGAAGCACAGGCAACACUGACCGACCCGGCGGGGCCUCUUCAGACAAUGUGGACUCCUGUAUAUACAUAAGAACAGGAGACAGCGUUGGUUUUGCAACGUCUACCACUACUGGAAGAAUAGUGAAGCAUUAUCUUUCCACUGGUUUCGGUACGCAGUACUGUACUGUUCUCCUGGAGCCGUCAGACGAUCAGGAGCCUACUGUGAUUUGGAGACAUAUUUUUGAGGUUUUCGAUGCAAUAUCUCCUCAUGCUAUACACGGCUGGAAUGAGAAAGAGAGUCAAGCUAAAGGAUGCCGUGUACUGCUUUAUGGACAAGCCAUACUGUUAAGAAUGGCCAGUGGAUAUAAAUAUUUACGUUGCUUGCCCCAUCAUGCGGGCAGAGUUGGCAAGUAUAAGAUGAAUGACUUUCAUUCUCAUUAUUUGAUUGGCUCUUCUUCACCGAACCAGAAAGCUCAAGUUGAUGAGUAUUGUUGGUUUGUUAUUCGGCCAGCAACAAACCAGCGCUCUGAGGGAGAGAAGGUGAAAGCUGGUGAUGAUAUACAUUUAGUUAAUCUUGGAACAGGACGAUAUUUGUCUCUACCUCAUGAAAGACCAGUAGCAUAUGAUACCACUAGUACCAGCUUAAGCAUUGACUUUGAUGAUGAUACUUUUACUGAUAUACCAGUAGCAACAUUCUCUCCUUGGACCUGGAUAAUUGAUAUCAUCCGUUCCCAUGCAGCAAAUGCUGGAUUACUUAAUGGUUAUGUCAAUGCUGGAGACCCCAUACAGUUGAAGGUUGCUCAUCGUGAUGAUGAACUAAUGUCCAUACCACUCUCAUCUCUUGAGGACCCACUGGCAGUUAACGACGCAAAAAGAAUGGUUUAUUUCGAAGAUAAAUCAGUCAAGCUGGAGUUGAGGUCCCUGUGGCUGGUGAUGCUCUCUGGUGUGAGUUAUGGGCGGGCAUUCAUAGAGUAUGGUCAACCCUUUCGCUUGCGUCACAUGGUCAGUGGGAUGUACCUUGGAGUGGACCAGAACCGACAGCUUGUUUUGGUUGAUGGAAAGAAUGCUCAAAGGGACCCUUGUUGCUUCUGUUUUGUAAAGAAAGGAUCCCCAGUCCCUCCUAUUAAUUACAAGAGAGAGGGGAUGGGGACUCCCACCAUUAAAAUGGGAGAAACUGAGGUCUCCCUCUACCACAUCUCCUCAAAGUUGUGGGUCACUCUUGAGCUCAUGGGUCCUUCCCUCCGGAGACUCAGGACAGGAUUCAGUGGACCACCAAGAGCUCUUCUCUCAGACGAACCUCAUGGCUUUAGCUUUACAACACUCAAGGCAAUGCAUAUAGCACUCAGUACUGUCGUCUGUAAUGAGCUGGAGACUGUCAUGCUUGCCUUCUCUGAAGCUAUGAGGAGGAUCCAGGGUCAGUCGACUAAUGAUAGGUCCAUUAGAAGUAUCAAGGAAUCAGCUGAAGAGAAAACUUUAGCAAAAUUGAAUGAGUCUUUAGUUUUUUUGAUACCUCCAAAUAAGGAAAUCAUGGAUAUUCACACAUAUCAAGAUUUGUUGAUGAAAUUAAGAAACAGACAGACAAGACUUCUGAAUCAUGGCACAGCCAACAUGGUGUUUGCUCUCCUCAGGAAGACAGUCUCUCAUUAUGGUCAUGAUGUCACUUCAAAUGGACUCCAGAUCCAGCAAGCUUUAUGCAGGAUUCUAGCUAAUGUUGUUAAAGGGAACCGUUUGGCUUGCAGGAGGUUUGCUAAUAGAGAGAGCAUACAAAACAUGUUUGAGCUGAUCAAUAAUCCUAGUUUACUUCAUCCAAUGCUUGAAGUGAUGGAUUGUCUACUGGAGGAGAGUCCUGAAGUUUUAUUGUCACUAACUGAAGAGAAUGUCAGACACCUCUUCACACUCCUCUACUGUCAUGGAAGAGAUCACAAAGUUAUGAGUCUAUUGGGAAGGCUCCCAGUCUGUCAAGGUGUAGCUAUGAGAGAGAAACAGUUACAAAUAUGUCGCCUCUUGCAAGACUCUCACCAACUGUUGCUGCAUACAUCAUUGAUGCCUAAACUAUACAGUAUGUAUGCGAAUGUGUUUCUAUCCAGUAAAGAUAAUGUAGAGGCUACUAAGUUGUAUUUUGAGGUUCAAUGGACCAGAUCUGAAGCAGCUGGAACAAAGCCAUACAUUAGGAUUGGAUGUGUGCAGUACUUAAACUUUCUUCCAUAUCCAAAGAGUAAAGGAUCAAUGGCUACUCAAGGAGGCAUAGGUGAUGAUGGCAGCUCUGUAUCAUUUGAUGGUCAGCAUAUUUUGAUGAACAGUGAAAAAUAUGGCCUUCAAUCAAUCCCAUUGGCCAAAGGACAAUUCAAAAAACAAAGUCCUGAAGAUGAGCAGGAUGUAACUGUGUACGGCUGUUGUUUGGAUUUAGAGAAAGGGACACUCAUGUUCACCAUCAAUGGUCAAUUGUUUCCACUCCUAGUUAAUUUUCAUUUAAAUGAGAACACGAUUGCAGUACCAGCUGUAUCAUUUACUGGCGGAGUUGAAAAUGCAAGGUUGUGUUUUGGUUCUGGUUAUGGCGAUUUAUAUUUUGCUCCUCCAAUUGGAUAUCAACCUCUUUCUUGUUUUAUUGAACAGAAAGCAAAUGGGAAAAAAGAGAAGAUUUGUUUGUAUCCGUUUGUGUGUGUUGGUGAUUCUAAUGAGAGGAUACUUAAUGGACCAAUCCAGUAUAAUGACUCGGUUUGGUUCCGUCCUUCAGUACCUGACUUAACUAAUGUUACUAUACCGUCAAGGCUUCACCAGUUGAUCAAUGACCUUGCUGUUGAGUCUCACGAUACUUGGGCUGUCUCACAAAUAGUCUUGGGUCAUUCCUCUCCUAAUCUCACGGCCUUUCCUCAUCUUCCUAAGGACGUUCAACUGCAGAGGAUACAAGAGGGAAGGAACCUCAUUGCUACACUUAUUUCCCUUGGCUGUAGGAUAUCUGCUACAGACACACACCCCAUCUCCCAUCAGGAUCUUCCUGAUGAUCCUUACCUACAGUUGAAUGGUUUCAAGCCUUGUCCAUUAGAGCUGCUGGAUGAUCUCCCAGUCUCAUUGCAACCACUGAUCACACAGUUAUCAGAGAUAGAGCAUAACAAGUGGUCAAAGGAGAGAAUGAGCAAAGGAUGGAAAUAUGGAGUCACAACUCGCCCGCAAGUAAUGCAGGACUGCUGUCUUGUCCCAUAUCAGUGCUUACCAUUGGACAUUAAAAAGAAAUACGAGCUUGUAGUAAAGAAGAGUCUGUUAGUUUUGAGUUCACUUGGUUACACUGUACAAUCUCCACCUAUUGAUUAUCUUAAACGUGAUCUCGGACACACUUUAGUAUCUUUUAGAACCUUCCGGGGACAAUUUCUAGGCUAUUGCACUGGUAGUGGAAAAUGGUUUUUUAAAGUGAAGUUAUUGAAAGGUAGGAUGUCUCGUAUUGGUUGGGCUAUUCCACGCUAUUCCUCUUCAUCUUUGCUUGGAUCUGAUAGUUUUUCUUACGCCAUUGAUGGACACAAUGUUGUCAAGUGGCAUGAUGGUCUCUCAGAGAAUUUUGGUCACAUCUUAGAAGAAGGAGAUGAGAUAACUUGUCUGCUAGACCUUGAUGAAGGGACAAUGUCAUUUGCUUGUAAUGAUAAACUGCUCUUAAGUCUCACUCAUCAGAGUGGUAUUGCGUUCAGUGAUCUACCCAGGAAUGAGCUCUAUGUCCCAGCAGUGUCCGUUUUUAUGGGAGAACAAGUUCAAAUGAUCCUAACAACUAUGAAAGAUCAAGAAACCUCUUCUUCUCGCAAUAUAACUGCUGGCUACCGCUCAAUUGAAAAUGAUAUAAAAGUUAGGAUACCAUUAUGGUACUCACACGUAUCUCACCAGUUCAAAGACAUCACACCCUCUCACUCGUACCUCAAGAUCACAAAGACCAAAGAGGAUGAACUGACUGUCAAUAGCAACGAGGCAAAACUGACCUGCCUGCGACUUAACAUGGGAGUUGAGAUGACCCUAGACAAGAGGAGGGACAAAGAUGAUCCGGUGGAUGAGAGAGAAGGAGGCUCAGAGGAAAGUCAGAAUGAUGAUGAUAGAGAGAAGUAUUCUUUUUCAGUUACUCUGCCAGCAGGCGAAGCACCAUCAGCUGUAUACUUUGGCUGGGCUAGAGAAGAUUUUUUGUACGAUCCAAACGACUUUCAUACUCAUUCUGAUGACCUCAUUCUUAAUGCUAAUGCCACCAUCGAACUGAUAUCAGAUAGUGACAGCCCUUUUGGAGACGCAAUGUUUGAGGAAUUUGAAGAAACAGGUGUCAAGGAUGUCUUUUCUAGAGGAGAUACAAUGAAAGAUGGCGUAAAGAGAAGAAUGAAUACAAACUCGACUACUAGCACUAAGAAAAGACGUAGUCAGCUAGAAUCCAUCGAAGAAUGGCCAAUAGAAGAUGAUGAUGAUGAUGAGAGUAGCUCAUUUAGAGUUACUGGUAAGGAGCAUGUACUGAGAAAGCAUCAGUGUGCAGCUUAUUUACUGAAAAUGAGUGCAUUGCUUAAAGUGGAUGAAUCAGUUUACUUAGCUACUGAUACUCAGGUUGACUGUGUGAUUAAUCCUAGCACUGGAUUAAUGAAGUUCUCUUGUCUCUCUUACAGCAAGAAUGCUGUGUUUGAGCUUAGAGUUAGAGCACCUGGAAGAUUAUUCCCAAUCCUAAUCACUAGACCAAAAUAUCUUAAAAUUGGCUCGUUCUCAUUUGGACCAGCCAAAGGAUGCCAGCCUCUAGUCAAGGCUCUUCUUGGCAAAUAUUACAAGGAUACUUUCCCUAAUCUGCUACCGUCAAUGAAACUCAUGAGUAUUUCUGAUAGCUGCUGGUAUCAAAUGGAUGAUCGCUCUUCUCUGUAUCCCACAGAGUCCUGUCUUUAUAUUCCUAAUAUGCCUUCGUAUGACAUCACUCAUUUGUGCCUGCCUCAGGAAGGUAAUGUAAUGAGACUGACGGAGCUGAUUGAGUCCCCAUCUCUCUAUUCGUUCCACGUGGAAACACUUAGAACCUAUCGCGCCUGCUGCAUGCAUGAUAAUUCCAAAGCUGCUGAAAUGGUUAAUAAAAUAGUUAGUUGGAAGGAGCUGGUUCAUUCAAUAAAGUCCUCUUACUGGAGCUAUCAAUUAGUUGCUGAGUCAUUCAAUCUCGUCAAUACACUUUACCUUGAGCACAAGGUUCUGGAGCACCAGCUCAUUAGACAAGACUCCAUAUUUGCCUCAGACUGUGUAUCAUGCUCUACCUCUUCUCCUUCCUCCUCUUAUAAUGCAGGAAGAAGACACUCCUCUAAUUCUUUGCUUAAUCGUACGGUCACAAUUUGUUGCAAUACAGAAAAGGAGUGGCUCUCGUCCUGUCAUUAUUAUCAACUGAGUGUCCUCAAGGAUAUCACUUUUCAAGUUCUUGACAGCGUCAUUUUAGCAGACGUCAUGACCUGCCGGAUGCUUUCAGCAGAAUACAACAACUGCCUCUUUCUUCCUUUGCUUAAAGCUGUCGAUUGUUUCCUAGUACUGGGAAUGCUACAAGACUCUGAAAGACUUCUCUCUUUACUGCACCCUUCAUUAGCCCCUUCUGGCCACAAGGCUAAUUUCUACAUACUAACAAUGCCUACUAAGGACCCACAGAUACAGUCAGUGCUGUGUGAUAUAUUGGAUCAUUUGUGCGAUGCACAGCUCCAGGGAAGGCUGGAUCAUAUCAUAGAGUUUGCCAGUGGGUUUGUUGAAGAGCUACAAGAGGAUCAAAGGAAGAGAGUGAUGGAGAGUGAUCCUAAUCAGUUCCUGUCUCCUCUAGUAAUACAAGAGAUUAAUACUCCAACUGAAAAACAGUUAAACACUCUCUUGUCAUUUUCAUCAGACUCGUGUCUCACUAGUGAAUCUCUUAAAGACUCCCUCCAAUCAUUUCACGCUGACCUUAGCUUGCACUGCAACGGAAUCCCAUCGUCCAUCAAUCAGACGGCAGACCUAUCAUCGUUUCAAAAACUAGCCAAACUGGUCAGUUUGGUUACUGUUAGGAGCAGCUCCAGUGAGAGCGAGAAUAGUCCGGACACCUCUAGUCUUCACAAACUGAGAGAUGUCAUCAUAUCGACUGUCCUCAGAUGGUCCAGGAGCACAAUCUCUGAUAUCAAAAUGGCAGAGAAAACCUACAAACUCUUGUACAGACAGUUCAAUGAGUCUGAGAUGCUCCGGAAAGCUAUCCAGAGGACGUACAUUGUUGAGCAGUACAGCGAGUUCUCUUCCGGCGAGAUUUCAAAAUUCAGAUCUGCACUGGGUAAGAUGAGGAAGAUGCUUGUGGUUGGGUUUGGUGAAGAGGAAGAGCCUGUUUUCCAGGAGCUGUUGCAGGAAUUGAGUACUUGUGAUCUCUUCCAACGUCAUCCCGACUUGUUGAGGUUUGCCGGAGUCCACAGUCUUGUCAUCAACGUCAUGAAGAGCUACUUCAGCUUCAGUGAGACUCUCUCCAGUGCAUUCCCAUCAUCAUUUGGCACUGAGAGCAGCAGUGGGUUUGUUGGCAUGACUCAGACACUUAAACUAGCUGUCAGUGAUGAAGGGUUUGCUGAUAUAGUUGAAGACUGCUGCAAAUUCCUUUGCUCUUUUGCUCAGACUAGUCAUCAGAAUCAAAUUGCACUCUCUGAGCAUCUUCAGUAUCUCUUGGACGAAUGUCUAAUAUUCUCUGAUCAGGUAGCAAGCAAUAGUACCAAUCCUCUUGAUGUUGCUAUUGCUACCAUAAGCAACAACCUCCAGCUAGUUAUGACACUCUCCAAUGAGGGCAUACUCCACAAGGUGGUACAGUUAAUGCAUAAGAUGAUGAAGUAUGAAGAUGAGGCUUCCAGCACUGCUAAUAACACUAUUUCAAGUCCAAUUCACAAGAUGUCAGUAUUGUAUGAUGCCAUGCCCAUGGAAUGGCUGCCCACUGGUGCUGAAAAGUGUCUCAAGUUCUUACAAGCAGCAGUUUAUGUUAAUGGUGAAACUAUUGAAGAGAAUGCUGCUGCAAUUAUUCGUCUCCUUAUACAGCAGCCUGACUGCCUCGGGCCCUGCUACAUCAACCAGCAUCUCUCACUUGUUAAGAUGUUCUCCUCCUGUUUUUCACAAAUCAACUCACUUAAGACCACCAAGAAACCCAAGAGACUGACGAGAGCUAGUUCCAGACUCACAGAUACCAUCGUUAGGCUUGCCUCUGAUACCGAGUUACCUCAGGUCUCGCAGUCUGACUAUCGUCAAAGGUCUCUACACAGGUCAAGCACUCUCAACUUGUUCUAUAAACAACUCAGUGCACUAACAUCCGAACUGACAGUCUCGUUUUACACUCUACUGGUCCGUGUCCUUGGACUCUGUGCUCCCUCCAUUGACACAAGGAAGAAUUUCAGCUGCACCCGUAAAGUCAAAUACAGCACUGAGCAUAUACUCCCUUUCCUAAGGACACUCAUAGGACUAGAGGACCUAAGGGACUUGCUUUCCCUCCCUAUGAACGUCAUGCCUCCUACACACAAAGAGGCUUUGAUGGUUUUCCUUGAUCGUGUCUACUCAAAGAGUGAUAAGCGUUUGGUGCUAGACCUCAUUAGAGAAGCUUUUCUACCUGAUAUAAAAGCUACCAUACAUCAAGCUAAGAAAACUAAGUAUGAUGCAUUUGUGUACUUACGUUAUAUUUCUUGUCACGUUCUUCCUUAUCUUGAGCAUCAGUCCUCCACAUUGGACUUGCUGUCAGAGUUUCCAUUACUGCUCAAUCUCAUUCAUGAGGUCUACCAACUGAUAGCGUUAGCUACUGAUUCUCACAGAAGAAUGAUAGAGCAAUUUCUUAUUACUAUGACAAAGACACUCCCCCCUCCAUCUAUACUUAAGUUACUGCCAAUGAUAAUGGACGAUAUUAAAGAUUUGAGCAAGCCUUCCUUCACUGUAGCACUCAAAAUUCUGACCGUUCACCAUUCUCAUCACUCGCGUUAUUAUACGACAGGGUCUGUGAUAGGUCAGUACAAAUUAUGUCGUCCAUCUCACAAGGAAAGAGUGUACAUAGCUCUCCUCUUCAGCUUGGUUCUUAAGUCACUCUGUCAUGCUAAGGAGGCAUCAAUUGCUGGUAUCAUUAACCAGUGUUUAGAAUCUCUUGCUUGUGCUAUAUUGCCAGAGAUACUAGUUCCUCCUAUUGCAGAACUCAAGGCACUAUCAGUGGAGACUGCUACUCUUUCUCCUUCUCAUACUUCAACUCCAUCCUCAACUCCAUCCCCUCCAUUAGAGGAUGAAGGCUCCUCUCUUACAAGGAUUGUCAAUAAUCUAUCGGCUUAUAUUGAUCAAAUUGAGUUUUCCAGCGAAUAUCAUUCCCACGUGUUUGAGUUUGCCAAGUUUUGCCACGAGAAUUGGGUAUAUGAAAUGCAACAAGUAAACGGUUGGUCUUAUGAUCACGUAAGCAACCCUGAUACGUAUCAUGAUGACAGGCUAAGACCUUUUGAAUACAUUAAUGAUGAGUUGGGUGAUAGGGUGGUUGAUGAGGUCAAACAGGUUCUGCAGGUGCUCUUAUUUUAUGGUUGUGUGUUUAAUGAAGGCAAUGGUGGGGGACAAUUGGAGAGUAUACCACUAAAGCCUAAACUGUUGUGUUUAUUUGGGGCAAAUAAAAAGAAGGUAUUAAGAACCAUAACAGAUGAUCCUGAUACGUGGUACUCAUACGAACCAUUAGUUGUAGAUUUGGAUCAAAUAGAAUUGCCACUACACGCUCUUAUCAUUGUUAGUUCAGCCAACACUAUAAUGAAUCAUAUAGUGCUUCCUACAGUUGAAGAAAGGGGAGACACUCAGAGUGAUCUUGGAACUUACGACCCAAUCAGGUUGAUGUACUACGAAAAAACAAACAGGAGGUCUUACGGUCUUAUUGAGGAUUUCUUAAAGUUUAUGAAAGUUAAAGGUUUAACUGUAGCUAAUCCAUUUGCAGCUAUACCAGGCUCAAUGCAGUACAUGCUAUCAAAAACUAUUGACAGCAAGCCUUUCUCUCUACAGCUGUUUGAGUGUUUCUUAACAGUAUUACGGUAUGAAUGCUGUUGCACUGCUGGUUAUACUUGUCGCUGUCAGUCUCAUAAACAGGAGAUUUUUCCUGCUUUUUGCUCCUACCUCAAUACCCACGCCAGCUAUUUCAAUCCUAACAUAGAGGGGGAAGAGAGGAGGCUCACCUUUGCUACCCUUGAUGAGAAAAUACCAUUAAUAAAGCUGUUUUUUGAAGUUCAUUCUUACAUCGGGAGCCAUUUGGAUUCCUUUCUUAUCAGUACCUCUAAGACUGCAACAGUAGCACCUGGGGAAGCCACUACUUCAAAAGGAGAAAUCUCCUGGAAUACUGAAUUACAAGCGAUUAAAGAGAGGAAUCAGAAACUGUUAAAUCGAUUGUUGUCUUUAUCAAUGAGUCUCAUUAAAGUCCUUGAUGUUAGUCAGUUUGGAGUUUUGGAAGAAACUAAAAGUUUUUUCUCGUACGUCAUCUCAACUUUAGAGUCCCUUGAAAAGUCAUUAAAUAAAAUAAACUCUAACCAGUCAAACCAGUUUGACAAGAAACUCUUUCUAUACGUUACUCAUUGUCUUGCUCCAUCACUGACAGCUCUUUUUAGACGUUGUGAAGAUAUUGUUAUGAGUCCAGUCAAUGGAGUGGUAAAAUCACGAUUCAGUGAUGUCUUUAGUUGUGUUUUCUCACUUGUUUGUAAUGAAAUUACUAUUUUCAUUGAAAGUGAUACUUUGUCUAUUAUUGGGCAGUGUCUAUCUGAAGUGUGCUUAGCUGAUUCCAAGUUUCAGUGUUCCCGCUUUGAAAAUCGUCUUGCUAUGCUUCUACUCAAGCGUGGUGCACUUCUCAAACUUUCUACGCAGAAAAUCUCUUUUGUUGCACUUGUGAUUGCACCUGUGCUGACAAAUCGUUCCAUCAGAGAAGCAAAGAACGGCUCUAAUGUUGAAGUGGAUAAAGUCCUUAAGCUUGUAUUGAGGAUCCUCUCAGAGUACCAGGGUGAUAAAGAAACAACUUGGAUGAAAGACUUAUCCUGUUCAGUAUGUCACUUAGCCAGCUAUUGCUCAAUCCCUGUAUACAAGACUCAUUUGAUUCCGUUGUUGAUGAAAAUGAGUGAUCGUGGUUCAAGACUCUGGCAAGAGGAGCAACUUGUAACAUCGUCACUGAGCAUUAAAGAAAGUGAUCUCCUUAUCAAACAAAAACAAUUUGAAAAGAGAUUGAAAUUAUAUGGACAGGAUUUGGUCUCAGUCUUGCUAUUCUUAGUAUUCUUCACUGAGAAGAACCCCAGCCUUGUUGCUGAUCUGAGAAAUAAGACUUUAUUUCAUCACACUGCCCUCAUUCUCAAUCACUAUUUUACUUCACAGAAAUUCUCAUCAAUCCUUAACUCAUGCAGCACUAGCUUCAUUCAAAAUGUCAGAGGAAGGAAGACAGAAAGAUGGAACAUAUUGAUAUCAUUUGCUAUGACAAUCAUACGACAUUUGCCUUCAUCUGCUUUCCAGUUUCUCCAGCAGUUAAACCCACUGUUUGAUCAACCUGGUAAAUCAUCUGCAGACAUAGAUCAAGCUAUUCUAGACCUCAUUAAGUGUCUCGCUGAGAGCGACAGUAGAACUGGUAUUGACGUCAAGCUCAAUGGAAGGAAUCAUGAUGAGGAAAAAAGAGAAAUAUUACAGAUUCUCAUGACAUACAAGACUGCUCCUUUUGUUAUUCAAAGUUUUGCUCGUGUCCAGCGGCUCAUGAGACAAAUUGUCACACCGUCCCUCAUUGUGAGAGAAAGAUGGAGGGAUGCAAUGUCAAGGAAGAAGAGAGAGGGCAUUGUGGCUUGUUUAAAAGCUGUACCUUUUCACAGGCUCAAAAAGCACAGAGCAAUGAACCUUUUCUUGCAAGAGUACUCAAGUAGCUGGCUUUCACAAUGCCAUUCAUUCAAUAUGGAGAAUCUUUGUGAAGAAAUUAUAGAUAAAGAAGAGUAUUAUCAAGAGAAACAAGCCAGAUCAUCUGUUAUUAGUUUAAUUAAUGAUAGAUAUGUUGAUCCUCUGGAACAACUCUUCUCAUUGCUGGGAAUGCAAGCAUCUACAGGACAAUGGUAUGGCAACAGCACUGAUCUUUAUGAUUCCUUUGCUAAUGCUGUCAUUGAAACAUUUCAGACUAUGAUUGAUGAUGCAGAAGAAUUAGAAGGAAACAGUAUUUAUGAUAAUUUUGAAAGCAUUAGGUAUCAAGUGGUCGCAAAGCAGGGAUUGCUUAUUAAGAAAAAAGUCCCUGAAAUGAUACUGGCAAUUCUAACCUCCUCAAACGGUAAACUAUGUCCUCUUGUCCACAUUACCUUGAAACUGGGCAUAGUACAACUGGAAGGAGGUAACGCUUCAGCUCAAGAGAGAAUAAUGGAGAAAGUAAAAUCCCUCGGCAGUGAGUUUUGGACUAGUAUAGCUGGUUUGAUAUCACAUUUUGGAACUCUUGACUGGAAUAUUUAUGAAAAGUCUCAGAUUGUCGUACAGGAUCAAAAUAACAUUGGUGAAAGAGUGUUUCCCACAUCAGAUCAAGUACUUGCCCUAUUCAGAUUCUUACAAUUGCUAUGUGAAGGACACAAUGAAGGUUUUCAAAAUCUUCUUCGCACACAAGGCUCCAAUGCCAUGUCCACUAACAUUGUCAUAGCGACUGUUGAUUAUCUCCUCAAGCUCCAGGACUCAAUCAGGGAUUUCUAUUGGUACCACGCUAAGCAGGACUCGCUUGAGCUUCCUGCUAGGGAGACCUUCCUUUUAUCAUUCAAAGUUGCUAAGCAGUUGUUCAGAACACUCACUGAGUAUAUACAGGGCCCUUGUGUUGGCAACCAGGAAGCUCUAGCUAAGAGUCGUUUUUGGGAUGCCAUGGGUGGCUUUUUGCAUGUUUUUGUCGCCCUUCAGCAGAAGCUGUUCUGUUACACCAGUCACAUGGAGCUCCUUCUUGAAUUGUUAGGCUUACAAGAAGAAUACUUUAUUUUACUGCUUGCUAUGCUUGAAGGUACUACAAAGGUUAGUGCAGUUGGCGAGCACAUGCUAAACAUGCUUCACGAGUCUGAUCAAUUCUUGAAAGAACUUAUCACAUUUUACAAUAUAUUUAUCAAGCUGAAAGAUGUUUCAUCAUCAACAGCAUUUAAAGAGUAUGAUCUCAAUAAAGAUGGCCUCAUUUCAUAUCAGGAAUUUGAGCAAGCAAUGAGAGCACAGCAAUUUUAUACUAAAAGCGAAAUACAGUAUUUAAUGAAACUAGCUGACACUAAUAAAGAUGGACUGUUGGACUAUCAGGAAUUCACUGAGAGAUUCUAUCAGCCUACGCAUAAACUAGGUUUUCAUUUGUGUGCUUUGAUACGUCAGCUAAGCGACACAAUGCCGGGGAACCCAAAACUAAAAGAAAUAGAGAAAAAUUGCCUCAAACUCUCCGAGUACUUUGAGGACAACAUAGGCUGCAUUGAAAUGAUGGGAAAGAGUGGAAAUGUUGAGCGAGUUUACUUCCACAUUAAGACUUCACACGCAUUGCAAUGGAAUGACCCAGCUAUCAAGGAGUCGAGACAUAAUUUCCUGCACAGUUUUGAUUGGACCAGCCAGAAGGAAAAGCUAGGGGAGUUUAUGAAUUUUUGUGAAGACACUAUUUUUCAGAUGACGUAUAAUGACAGGAUGUUUAAUGUGGAGCAAGAGGAGAGAGAGAAGAGAACAGAUAAUCUUCGAAAAUCUCAAUUUCCUGAAACAGCACAGUAUAACACAAGAUCAAUGUUGAGUUCUGCACAAACUAAGCUUCUGUCAUUGGGUAUUACUGAUCCUGGACACAUCUAUCUUAAAGCUCAUAGCCUUCUCUCAUUCAUUUGGUUUACAUUGAUUCUUGGAGUAAUUGUAGCACCUCUCACUCAUUUGGUACAUUACACCAGAGUAUUUUAUGAUUUCUGUUUCUAUGGAGGUCAAGGUCCAUUGAAGUAUUCCUCUAGCAAUCCUUCAUUCCUCAAACAAUAUUUCAUGCAAUAUUUUCGACCAGCCCAGUUUUAUUUACCAAGGACUAUGUACGCAUCUAAAUCUCUGAGAGGUCAUUUGGCACACAGUUACUACAUGAUUAAAUAUUGUCUUGUUCUCACGACAAUUUUAAUCAAUUUUCUCAUUCUCAUUUCAAUUCAAGCUGAUAAAAAUGAAGAUUCGAUUUCAUUGUACUUAUCCAUUCACUUACACUUUGUUCUCUCUUGUCUAUUGAUGGUAUCAUUCUGGCACUUAAAAGUACCACUUAUAAUUUUUCAAAAAGAAAAGAAUAUUGCAAGAAGAUUAGAGAAACACAAAGGAUCUGUGACAAGUGACCACUUCUCUUUCUUUGACAGGCUCGCACUGAGAUCUCCUUCAUUCCCAAGACGAUUCUGGGACAGACAAAUAAAGGAAAGGGUGUUUGAUAAAAGUCCUUCAGAGAAUAGGACCAAACUUGCAAGUGCUCUUGGGAUUGUUAACAAGUCAAGGUUUGAUGAAGUUUCAAGAUAUGAACAAUUAUCAAAUGCAAUAGCCUCUUUGAUUGAUGUUAGAUAUCAGGCAUGGAGGAUAGUAAUGAUAUGCUUCAGUGAUAUGACUUUCAGGUAUCACCUUGGGUAUUGUCUACUCAGUUUGGCCGGAAUCAAAUACAAUGUUUUCUUUUUCUCUCUUCAUCUACUCGAACUGACCCUCCAAUCUAAAACUCUCGUUAACGUCCUUCGCUCUCUAAAAAUCAACAUGAAACAACUUUUGAUGACAUUAGUGGUGACAUCAGUUGUCAUAUACAUAUACAGUGCUGUGGCUUUUAGCUUCUUCAGAAAGUUUUAUGUUCAACAGGUUGAGUCUGGUUAUGUGAGGGACAACUGUGGAAACAUGUUGACAUGCUUCCUCUUUCACAUUGAUCACGGUCUUAGAUCAGGUGGUGGAAUAGCUGAUGUUAUCCUCUCUGCUUUUGAAGACCAAGUCUAUUUGGGGAGACUAGUGUUUGAUUUGACAUACUUCUUUGUUGUCAUUGUCAUCUUGUUGGCUGUUUUUCAAGGUCUCAUCAUUGAUGCUUUUGGCGAAUUGAGGAAGAAAGACGACUUAGUAUUAGAAGAAUUGAAAAACAAGUGUUUCAUCUGCGGCCUGUCUCUUGCAGAUUUCAAAAAUCCCCACGAGUUUGAUACUCACAUCAACCGCCAUCAUUCACUUAAGGACUACAUGUUCUUCUUGCUUCAUUUGAUCAGCAAGCCAGACACUGAAUUUACUGGACAGGAGUCAAUGAUAUGGAGUCUGUAUCUGGAGCAAACGUGGGAUUUCUUUCCUGCUGGCACCUGCUUUCAGACUCAAGAGAGAAGAGCAUCUGAUGCUCUAGCAAACUAGUUCAAAACCUGACUCUCUAAUUAUUAUAUAAUUUAAUUAUUAUUCAUAUUAUAUCAGCUAUAUUUAUCUAUAAAUUUUAUUUAUAAAUUUUUAAAACAUAAUGGCUAUCAUCUGGAUCAUCAGA